AUGCCCCACCUUCCUCCUGCGAUGCGUGCUGAAUUGUAUUUUUAUCGCGAGAAGGAGAGCGUGGAAAUCCUAAGCCUAGAGCUUAUCACCCUCUCAGUAAAGAGCGUGGAGGCCGAGACCGUGCGAGGCGUUCGUGUAACCGUCAGCGGAACGUGCCAGGUCAAGGUGGACGCCUUCACACACGAUGACUUGUCGCAGAACCUUCCGCAGAUCACCUUGGCGUGCCAGCACUUCCUCGGAAAGGUCAGCCAGUCGUUUGCGUGCUCCUCGAUUAGAUGGCUGGUUCUGAGUUGUUUCCUCACCGCCGACCAAGUCCACCAAGCGCUUCUCCGGACCCUGGAAGGCCACCAGCGGCAGAUCCUCGGUACCCUCACCGUGGAGGAGCUGUACAAGGCGCGUUGGUUGUGCUUCCGUACCUGGAGGCGUUUGCGGGCUGUUCGGGAUCGUGCAGCAUUCUCCCAGCGUGUGCGAGAGCACAUCAAGGAGGACCUGAACAACAUGGGUUUCGCCCUCGUGUCCUACACCGUGAACCAGGUCCUCGAUUCCACAGGAUAGUGAGUGUACGCUCAUUUUCUCGGCUCUCCCAAACAUAUUUUUAUUUUGCGGACGAUAUGCCACAUGCCAGCUCAGUCAGUGCGACAAUCGCGGUCUCUGUUUUCCAGCCCAAUAUGCCUACACAUGAAAAUAGGCGUGAAUUUUUCCCGAGAACAAAUUCUACGGUGUACGCACAGCUCCAGUGGGUUGUUGCGUGUGAACGUUCACAAAGAUAUAGUUUUAUGAAGGGCGAAUCGCUUUUUGCACUGGUUUGGGGUUCUGGGGGGGGGGCAUAUGCAUGCGCGAAAAGUCUCGCCAUCGAGAUCGAUAUCGUUUGGAGGCGUUGUCGUCUCGGGGUGUGCUGUUUCGUUCGACCGAUCCAGCGCUCUGUACAUUUCAAGCGUUUCGUUUCGCCCUGAGUAAUGCCGAUAUAUUGCGGUGCGACUAGAGUAAAGGUUGUAGCAGGUGGGGGCUUGUCGUCUCCGUUAGGGUUAGCUCAAAGUUAGCACUUCCACAUUUACCCCGACCUUGCUUCCCUGCUUGGGCUUCUUCCCCCUCCCCCCCCCGAGAAACGAUGCCUACCGUGUGAUCGUGCGGUCAUGACCAGGCCUCAUCGACUUCUCUCUACACUCUAGCGCGCUCUUUGUCCUGUUUGAAUGCGUUGGGUGGGCUACUUGGCCGUUCUUCUCUCAUGUGGCCUGACUCGGUUUCUAUACUCUCUGUUGCGUGUGCGUAUCACUCUGUCUCGCUCUGCCUGUCUGCCGGUCUGUCCUUCUCUCCGCCUCUAUUCUGUCCGUCGCCACCUCUCUUUCGGAACGCCAUCCCGGCUCGGUGACCGGUAUCCCCUGUUCGUCAAUGGAUGGCAUGCCACCUUCCUCUCUGCGUAACCUUACAGCAUGGAGGCCCUCGGUGCC